AUGCAAAUUCCUAAUGAAUAUAUCUCAACGGCUGAAGACGUUGCAGAUCAGGUUAUAAGAAAAUGUAAGCAUGUAUUACCGACAGUAGCGAGGCUAUGUCUUAUAUCCACAUUUCUUGAAGAUGGCCUUAGAAUGUGGUUUCAAUGGUCGGAACAGAGAGAUUAUAUGGAUAUGUCUUGGGGCUGUGGGAAGUUCUUAGCAACAGUUUUUGUGAUAGUAAACUUAGUAGGUCAGCUAGGAGGAUGCGUCAUGGUGCUAGGACGACUGAAAGCUGACAUAGCGUGCGGGAUUCUGUUCUUCAUUGUCGUUCUACAGACGUUCGCGUACAGCAUACUAUGGGACAUGCAAUUCCUGUUCCGUAACCUGGCCCUCAUCGGAGCCCUGCUUUUGGUGCUGGCGGAGGCUCGGGCCGAGGGGCGCAGUCUUUUCGCCGGUGUACCUUCCUUAGGCGAGAAUAAACCUAAGACAUAUUUACAGCUCGCUGGAAGAAUACUUUUGGCGUUCAUGUUCAUAACGCUACUGCGGUUUGAGGUGUCGUUCUUACAGAUCGUCCAAGACUUGUUGGGUUCAGUGCUUAUGAUUCUGGUGACAGUCGGUUAUCGUACCAAGCUGUCAGCAUUACUUCUAGUUUUGGUGCUGUCGGUACUCAAUCUGUACCACAAUGCAUGGUGGUCGGUGCCAUCAUACAAACCUCUCCGGGACUUCCUUAAAUAUGACUUCUUCCAGACACUGUCAGUGAUUGGAGGUCUUCUGAUGAUAGUCUACCUUGGUCCAGGAGGUGUUAGUAUGGACGAGCACAAGAAGCGGUGCUAG